AUGUGCCCACCUUGCCCGAAUCACCACUCCAACUUGUUUGGUCAACUCGAGCUUUACCUCGACAAUACUUCGAACAUCGACAGCCCUUCCUUUCUGACAGCCGUCACGACCGGACCACGUGCUCGACCACCGACGACGGGCUCAGAACGCCCACAGUGA